AAUGUGGGACUUUGUGUUUUUAAGGAGGGACAUAAACAGUAGCGUGUAGUUUUCUUUUGCGAUUUGAAACCUUUAUCUCAGGAAGCUCACAAGACUUGCUGAUAAGCUCCGUGGACGAACUCAUAUCGGUAUUUUGUGCGCUAUCGGAAUGUUUGGUGCACAAACUGUAUUGACUGCUAUUAUUAUCCGGCCUUUAGGAAAGGAGCGUGUACGUGUGCGCGCAUGGGGGCGCGUCCCUGCAGCUUUAAAUUUUAAAGUUGCAAGUGUCAAGAAUCUUCGAUUGUUGUUCUGACGCCACUUUUGCUCCAGUGAACCGACUGGUGUUUGGUUUCGGUGCAGAAAACUGGAUGACGCCAACAGUACUCAGUGGCCCAACCCCAUGAAGCUAUGCUUUGCAAGACUGUUCCUCGGGGGGCAGUAAUUCCAGGUUCCUUGGACACUUCUGAUCCCCUCCUAGCAUAAUGAAUCCUCAGGAGGAGGAGGAAACUGAAGGCUCGUGGAUGCUAUUGUCCUGGCUGGCUUCUUGCCUCAUGGUGAUUGGAGGUGCCCUGCCUUACGUGCCCCAAUACCAGGAGAUCCAGAGGAGCAGCAACACUGAAGGCUUCUCCACCAGAGUGUGUCUAGUCUUGCUCAUAGCCAACAUCCUGCGAAUCUUCUUCUGGAUUGGAAAGCAGUUUGAGUUCACCUUGCUGCUCCAAAGUGUGGUGAUGAUACUCACCAUGUUUGCUAUGCUCCACCUCUGCUGCUUUGUCCAAAACAGCAACCGCGUGAGCACCAAGCAGCACCGAAUUACAGACUUAGAUCUACACUACUUCUGGAAGUGGAAUGCGUUUGAGGACUACCUACUCUUCUGUUUCGGCCUCAGUGUCCUAUGUGCAGUGGUCACCAUAAUCCUGCUGGACUCUGCCGUGUUUGUAGAGAUGCUGGGCUCCCUGGCUGUGAUGUUUGAGGCCAUGCUGGGCCUCCCGCAACUAAUGCAGAACUUCCAGAACCGCUCUACCAAAGGCAUGAGUGUGAAGAUGGUGCUGCUGUGGAUGGCCGGAGAUGUCUUCAAGACAUCCUACUUUCUGAUCAACCAAAGCCCAUCUCAGUUCUGGGUGUGUGGUUCUGUCCAGAUCCUAAUUGACGUGGCCAUUCUCCUCCAGGUGCUCUUCUACAGCCAGGACAGCCGUAUCAAGCUCGGCUGAAGAAGACAGCACAGGAACUUUUCUUCAGGUGUGAACAUAUAAAACCAUAAGUGAAAUGUUGUUAUUUGCUGGGAAGACUUUAGCUCUAAAUGGAACUUUUAUUUUUAUACACCACAGUUUUAUCCACGAGGAACCUCCAACUUAGCUUUCCAAAGAUAAAGCAACACUUACUGUCGAUGUGCUUUUAGUUGUUUUUAGUUAUAAGAGACUGAAUCGGACAGUUCUUUUUCGUGGGCAUAGGGAGUGUAAAAGGCAGACAUUACUCACAUUGGCAGCUCCCUAACGGCAGUUCUGUGAAGCUCUAAUGCCAGCUGUAACACACAGUCUUGCACCAGUAGACCUCCACUGGCCUCUAUCACUUGACUGAUGGGUCUCCCACUCCACAUUUCACCAGAUUGGUCCCAUGUCACGCAAUGUGUGUUUGUGUGUGUGUGCACAUGUGUCCAAGCCAGGCAGCACAAUGUUCAGCUACUAAUGCGCUCUGCAAAAGCCACCAGUCUGUGUGUUAAGACUCAAUUUAUGAGCUUGAUUGACAAGGACUGAAGUUAUUAACAUAUAAAACAAUGAACGAAUUUCCCCUUCUCGGUCCAAAUUCGUACCAUCUCCCGGACUGCGCGCACAGUGUCAGACCCUUGGAGAACGCAAUGUGGGAAAAACAUACGGCUCACUGCAUUGUCACCCUUUGUUGCAUUCACGCCACAUGACCACAGCCAAUCAUGUUUCUUCGCACAGUGACUACCAUGACACAGUUUUAUUUUUUUACAUUUUCAAACUUUGGCCCGGCAAUCAGCUCCUGUUGUAUUUGCCCAUUUCAUCACCCCACAUUCAUUCAUGUCCAUCUUGUUUUGGACACAGUUGCCUCAAAUGUGAUUACCAUGACUGCUCAGAACACAGUGUCAAUGUAGCAUAGAAAUGUGCACAUCACGUUUAUAACACACCAAGCACUGAGUGUAUGUUUUGCAUCAUUCAGGAAUUAGUUAAAUCAGCAAAUUGCAAUCUCCAGAAAGAAUGUACAAUGCCAAAAAUCCUUUGUGUAUCAUGAAUCUUUGAGCCUGUAUUGUAUUUAUAUAUUUCAAGAAUAUUUAUAUAUCUUACAUUUUUAGGUUAACAUUGCACCCCCAAUCAACCCACAGUAUAGUUAGUGUAUGUGAAAUCAUAUAAAACUCAUAUGGGGUGACAUGCUAGUAUAGACUAUCUGUGAAACAUCAGCACAUAUGUGAUGUGUGCGCUAAUUUGCAGCCCAUAUAGUAUGCAUAUAUGACCCCGUCACAUACUAUGUGUUGGUAUCACAUCUUUGAUGGAUGUGGAACUCACAGUGCCACAUUAUGCAUGAGCUGCAAAAGCAUCCCGACCCGGGCUUUACAUGUCAAAUUCUUAUAUUUAUAGAAGUGUCCAAGCGGUAGAUAGAUUUUUUUUCAGAUGUCCGGUUAAUACUGCAGCUGUCAGCAUUGUUUGCCUGUGACCUUCUAUUGUUUAUUUGCUCUCUGUGUUUUUUGCACUUGGGUUUCUUGUGUGCAUGCAUUUUGCAAAUCCAUGUAUCUCAAUUUACAUAUAGUUGGUAAUAUCUUGCACUUCUUUGUGUUGUUUCUUUUUCAAAAAGUAUUCAUCAUCAGAUAUGUUGUAUUUCUGAAUACCUUAUUAAUAGGAUUUAUUUUCCACUUGACUUCAAUUCCAUUGGCUAAUACACCUAAAUCUCGAUCUUACGCGGUCUUUGGUGUCCAGGAUUUGGGAAUCACGUUAACCUCGAUAGCGCGUUGUAUAGAAAUAUUUUUAUUUUUAUUUUUUUUAGAAAGGCAUGUUUUUAGGCUGUCAAAGGGGUUCAUUGUUACAAUAAUUCAAGUCAGCCAUGUUGUUUGGCAGCCCAAGGGGUCAGGUUGCUCCACACACAUCGAAGUCUAUUGACAUUUUAUUAAAAGAGAAGCAACACGCAGAUGACAAUAUCAGGCGGACUGAGUAAGUCAUUUUAAUGCUACGUAUGUGAAUUGGAUGGAAGAGGGAAUAAAACCACAUAUUCUACUACUUAAAAAUGUAUUUAUGAUAAAAAAAAAUGGAGGUCCAUGACCAAACCGCAUUAGACAAAGUCGAGUAGGAUUUAAGCGAGUAAAAUCGAGAUUUAAGUGUACAUGUUUGCCUCAUGUUCAUUGAUUUUCAUCUUGCGUUUCUUACCAUUUUGUUACAUAGUAUGGAGAGAAAAAUGUCAGAAUGUUACAUCUUUUACUUUGAAUGUUUUUGCUCUGGAAACGUGUGUAAUUGACUUAUAAUACAAAGAGAAGAGACAAACUGCUUUGCUAGUAAAUUCAACACUAUUAAGGUUACAUUUGUGAAAUGAAACGAUGCAAAUUUACUGUCCGCAUUUUUCAAUGAAUGUUUUUCAGUCUUCUAGAGACCGUAUGUUGGCAAAUAUUGAUGGUGUUACUUGUUUCAAGCAUAAAAUAUGUAUAUUGCA